AAGUUGUGCGCCAUCAACGCCCAGUGAAUUAUUUUUAUGGCUAAGAUUUUAUUUUUAAAACUAUCUGUAUACCUGUAUAGAUAUCUGUGUGUAGGUGUAUGCACUUGAGUGCCGAGCCCAUGGAGGUCAGAAGAAGCUUUUAGAGACCCUGGAGUUGGAAUUAAAGGGCUUUUUGAACAACUUGAGUUCAAUUUUCGAAGAUCUCAAGAACCAAGACAGUGACUUUGGUUCCAAAACUUCAAGAUUGUGGUCUGCUGGACCUAUAUCCUCCAAGAGGACCCGUCCACCAAAGGGUCGUCUUCUGCCGCUGACCCCCAUCAAAUCCCAUCAUGCCCACAGCCCUGUGCCCACGAGUCUUGGCUCCAAAGGAAAGUGAGGAGCCCAGGAAAAUGCGGAGUCCUCCUGGAGAGAACCCCAGCCCACAGGGUGAGCCUCCCAGCCCAGAGUCCUCUCGCCGCCUCUUCCGCCGAUUUCGCUACCAGGAGGCUGCAGGCCCGAGGGAGGCGCUGCAGCGCCUCUGGGAGCUGUGCCGGGGUUGGCUUCGGCUCGAAAGGCACACGAAGGAGCAGAUCCUGGAGCUACUGGUGCUGGAGCAGUUCUUGACCAUCCUGCCGUGGGAGAUUCAGAGCUGGGUGCGUGCCCAGGAGCCGGAGAGCGGAGAGCAGGCUGUGGCUGCAGCAGAUCCUCUGGAACGGGAGCCAGGGAGACCCUGGCAGUGGCUCAAGCACUGUGAAGAUCCGGUGGUGAUUGACGAUGGCGAUGGGCCUGGGCCUCAGGACCUAGAACAAGAACGAAUGUCAGCAGAGUCCCAGAGCAACCCUGAUGCCCAGCCUGUGGCCCUAGCACAGGGCCUAGGGCUCCUAAGCAGACCACCAGGCCAGCCCACUGAGGACCCAGUUCCGCAAGAUGUUUUCCUUGUUCAGGAGCAGAGUGUCAGGGACGUCCAGCCUGUGACCACCUGCCAGCUGCCCCCGAACCGAGUUUCUCCAUUUAAGGACAUGAUCUUAUGCUUCUCAGAAGAGGACUGGUCCCUUCUGGAUCCAGCACAGACUGGUUUCUAUGGAGAGUUCAUCAUCGGGGAAGACUACGGGGUUUCCAUGCCUCCAAACGAUCCUGCAGCUCAGCCAGACUUCUCACCCGAAGAGGAGAACAGGCCACGGGUUACAGAGAUGGCAGACCUCCAGGGUAAAGAAGCACUCCAGGUCUCCUGCUUAGACCUUCCCAGUCUCCAGCCAUCCCAAGAAGAAGGAAGGAAAUGGGAGGAGCUGCAGGUGCAAGAGCUCCAGCCCUGCCAGCAGGUGGCACUCACUCAAAGUCCUUGUCCAGGAGGUGGUGGUGACCCACCACCCCUAAAGAGCAACCUGGACCAGGAGGUGACCAUUGAGAUCGUGCUGUCCAGUUCUGGGGAUGAGGACUCCCAACAUAGCCCAUACUGCACCGAGGAGCUGGGGAGCCCUGCAGAAAAGCCUCAUAGUCUCCCAACCCACAGGAGCAGCACUGAGGUUGGGGGUGAGGUACAGAGCUCACAGAAGUCUUAUGUGUGUCCGAACUGUGGAAAGAUCUUCCGCUGGAGAGUCAACUUCAUCCGGCACCUGCGCAGCCGCAGGGAGCAGAAACCACACAAAUGCUCAGUGUGUGGAGAGCUAUUCAGUGUCACUGAGGACCUGGAUGAACACCUGGAGACCCAUGAGGCCCAGAAGCCCUACAGGUGCACUGUGUGUGGAAAGAGCUUCCGCCUCAACUCACACCUGCUCUCCCACCGACGGAUCCACUUGCAGACAGACAAACAGCAACCCGUGCAGAAGAGUGAGGAGGAUGCGUUGGAAACAGAGGGCGCAGAUGCCCAUGCCCUGCUGGAGAAGAGCAAGGCCAAGCUGGGCUUCCAGUGUGGGAACUGCGGGAAGGGUUUCCAGCGACACGACCAUUUGGUGAGACACCGUAGCCACUGUCACCUGAAGAAUGAGGCCCGUCCACUCCAGUGUCGGUACUGUGUCAAAACUUUUCGGCAGAAUUAUGAUCUCCUCCGCCACGAGCGCCUGCACAUGAAGCGUCGCUCCAAGCAGGCUCUGAACUCAUACUGAUCAGGGUGUGGCCCCACAAGCUAGUCCCUGCCCCAGCACCAAACCCAAACCACCUGCCCUUUGCUCUCAGGUAGUGUCCAACUUCUGGUGCCAUGCCUCUUCCUAUCCAGAUAGAAAGUAGCCACCUGAGCAUUCCCUCUACUGUGCCCAAACCCAGGGAGGUGAGGUAACUCCAGCCUCAAGAUCUGCAUCUUGGAGCCCUCCAGCCACUUGCUCCAGCCCUCAGAGGGACUGGGCUGCCCCUAAUCCAUCGUUUGGAGAGGCGGGGUGCU